AUGUUCGAGGCCAACACCCACUUCGACACAAACAGCUGCCCCGUGGUGGACGUCCCGUGGUUGUCGGCCGCCCACGACGAGGCCGGCUUUUGGUUGAUGCUCGUGGGGGCGCUUCUGCUUGGAUGCUCGGCAGUUCUCGUUGCAGUAUCUUGCCGCCAUUGCCGCAAGAAGGCGCAGAUCCAGCAGUUUCGAGAGACCGCCACUGCCGGUGGAGCAGAGCCUGUGAUCGGCAGGCCUUGCAGCCAGAUUGGUGGGGCAAAGAUCGUGGAUGGACAGACGCCGGACAUGCCUGGUGCGGGCAAUGGAGCUACCGACCCAGACAGCUGUGUGUAG